AGGAGCGGGCCUUGCGAUGAUGGGCGCGCCCGGGGGGGGGGCCUGGCGCCGCUCCGGGCCCACUACCCGUAAAGCGGCCGGUACUCGGAUCACUAUGGCAGCCACGAGGAAUGUGAUGAGAGCUGUCAGAGUUUUUGAGUUUGGUGGCCCUGAGGUGCUUAAGCUCCAGUCAGAUGUCCUAAUUCCUGAUCCAAAAGAAAAUCAGGUGUUAAUUAAAGUCCAUGCCUGUGGGGUAAAUCCUGUUGAGACAUAUAUUCGUUCUGGAAAUUAUGCCAGAAAACCAGCUCUGCCCUACACUCCUGGCUCAGAUGUGGCUGGGGUGGUGGAAAGUGUUGGGGAACAUGUGACUGCGUUCAAGAAAGGUGACAGGGUUUUUACCAUCGCUACGAUCUCGGGAGGAUACGCAGACUAUGCGGUUGCUGCGGCUAAUAAAGUCUUUCCUUUGUCGGAUAAACUGGACUUCAGGCAAGGGGCAGCGAUUGGAGUACCCUACUUCACUGCUUACCGUGCUCUUUUCCAAAAAGGCUGUGCCAAAGCAGGGGAAAGUGUGCUAGUGCAUGGUGCGAGUGGGGGAGUGGGAAUAGCAGCAUGCCAGAUUGCCAGAGCUUGUGGUUUAAAGGUUUUGGGUACAGCAGGAACCGAGGAAGGCAUGAACAUGGUCCUGAGAAACGGUGCUGACCAGGCAUUUAAUCACAGAGAGGCUAAUUACAUUGAUAAAAUUAAGGAGUACACAGGGAUGGGAGGAGUUGAUAUAAUAAUAGAAAUGCUCUCCAAUGUCAAUCUUGCCGCUGACCUGCAACUGCUGAACUACAGAGGAAGGGUGAUGAUUGUGGGCUGCAGAGGUUCCAUUGAGAUAAAUCCAAGAGACACUAUGAGUAAGGAAUCCAGCAUAAUUGGAGUUGGCCUCUUCCUUGCAACCGAGGAGGAGAAGCAUGAAUGUGCAACAGCACUUCUUGAUGGCAUAGAAGCUGGCUGGCUGAAACCUGUUGUAGGCUCUGAAUAUCCACUAGAGAAAGUGGCGAAGGCCCAUGAAGACAUUAUUCAUGGUGGUGGUGCUCGGGGGAAGAUGGUGCUCCUUCCAUAGAGUCUUUUUCCAGUUCUGUUGUAGCUGUUCCAGCUGCACCUUUGCUUACCUGAUUCAUUGACUGUAUGUUACAAAACAUACUUUUGAUCAGGUUUGCCAGUAACAGCAAAGGCUAACUUACAUUAAUGACAUUAACGAUCAGUCUAUUUUCUUCUUGUAAUAAGCAGAGUUUCCGAUACUUUAAUUUUUGUAGAUUUUUUUGGCUAAUGUGGAAAUAAUGGACUUCUGCUGCUGGUGUGGCCUUGUGGUGCGGGGGAACCUCACAUCUAAAGCAGGAUUUGAUAUCCUGCUCUGUGUAGAUCAAGCAGAUAAGCAAAUGAACAUAAUUAACUCUAUGUAUACAGCUGGGACUCUGAAAAUUCCUUAGCCACAAAAUUUGUCGUCUUACUUAUUUUUUGUCACAUAAUUUACAUGGAAUAAAAGCUUUUACUGCCAAAAUAAGUUCACUUUCCAGCUUGAAAAAUGGGCAAAGAACCUCUCAAAUAUGAACUCUUUGGAAGCAGAGGCAGUUUCAUGUUGCUGCACCUGACUUCAUAUCCGAGGUCCCAAAGCAUUACCCAAAGGGAUGAUGACUCUGGAGCUGCACGCUAAUAGCUGCUGCUCUGCAGUAGCUAUCCAGCCCUCACGGUGAAUGGCUGGGUAGCAGGAUUUCAAUUCUGCCUGUGACCUUUGUCAAAUUUAAAGUCCCCUGAAUCCCUGGCUACAGUGAGGAGACAGGGGCUGCACUGGGUGCUGAGAAGUCAUCUUACUUCAUAAACGAAUGUGUUUACAUGGUUGACUUGUUCUAAAUACAAACUGAUUAAGGAAGGGCAAUUUCUUUGCUAUGUUGACAGUUCUUACCUAAGAGCUCAUCUCAGUCUCCCCUCUGGCAGGUUAAAGCCAUUCCCCUUGUCCUGUCCCUACAGGCCCUUGUCCAAAGCCCCUCUCCAGGUUUCCUGGAGCCCCUUUAGGCACUGGAGCUGCUCUAAGGUCUCCCCUUCAGGAGCCUUCUCUUCUCCAGGCUGCCCCAGCCCAGCUCUCUCAGCCUGGCUCCAGAGGUGGCUGUUGAGUACAUCAGCUUUCUCCAUGUCAGUUGUCACCAGCUCUCCUGUCUUAUUUACGGGUGGUGGUACAUUGUCUUUAAUCUUCCUUCUCUGGCCAACAUAUCUGUAAAGGCUCUUGCCAUUCUUUGCAUCCCUCUCCAAAUUCAGUGCCUUAGCUUUUCUAAUCCAUCCCUAAAUGUCUGGGCAGCGUCCCUACAUUCUUUCCUGGAGUUGUUCUUUGCCUGAUUUGAUGUUGUUAUUUUCUGAUUGGAGAGAAUGUGAGAUAAAUAAUAAACAUUGAUUUUUGGCUUUUUUUUUCAUUAAUAACUGAGUGUAGAUAUUGAUCUUUUCCUACAUUUUAAAAUUAAUUCCGAUGCUCAUGCUCACUCUUGGGUUAGCAGUUGAUAGGAAAGGCUGAUGUCAGACCUGUUUCUGGCAUCUGUCCUUCUAUUACACCUGGAUCAGUGUUUUGGUUUUAUUAAAGGCAUUACCAAGGUCUCA